AGGGCCUCCUAUGAUUGGAGAGAUCUAGGCUAGACGGGCCCUAGGACCCGCCUCUUCUCUGCCUGGAGGAGGAGCACUGACCCUAACCCUCUCUGCACAAGACCCGAGCUUGGGAGCUUGCUGCCCCUGUGCUGACUGCUGACAGCUGACUGACCCUCGCAGCUAGCAGGUACUUCUGGGUUGCUAGCCCAGAGCCCUGGGCCGGUGACCCUGUUUUCCCUACUCCCCGUCUUUGACCUUGGGCGCCUUCCAACCUUCUGUUGCCAUGAAGAUUGCAGUAAUCGGGCAGAGCCUGUUUGGCCAGGAGGUUUACUGCCAGCUAAGGAAGGAGGGCCAUGAGGUGGUGGGUGUGUUCACCAUCCCAGACAAGGAUGGGAAAGCAGAUCCCCUGGAGGCCGCUGUUACCACCAACCUGAGGAUAAGAGGGGAUGGUGUUGUGCAGGAAACAGCCUGUAAGGAGCCCUGCAGGCUGGUGGGCCUCCAGGCUGCAGAUGUGGUGGCCAAAUACCAGGCUCUGGGUGCAGAACUCAACGUGCUCCCCUUCUGCAGCCAGUUCAUACCCAUGGAGGUCAUCAAUGCCCCACGGCAUGGCUCCAUCAUCUACCAUCCGUCUCUGCUGCCCAGGCACCGAGGGGCUUCAGCCAUCAACUGGACCCUCAUUCAUGGAGAUAAGAGAGGAGGCUUCACUAUCUUCUGGGCUGAUGANGGUCUGGACACCGGUGACCUUCUGCUGCAGAAGGAGUGUGACGUGCUUCCAGAUGACACCGUGAGCACGCUGUACAACCGUUUCCUCUUCCCCGAGGGCAUCAAAGGGAUGGUUCAGGCUGUGCGACUGAUCGCAGAGGGCACAGCCCCGCGCCGUCCCCAGCCUGAGGAAGGAGCCACCUAUGAGGGCAUUCAGAAGAAGGAGACAGCCAGGAUCAACUGGGACCAGCCAGCAGAGGCCAUUCACAACUGGAUCCGUGGGAAUGACAAGGUGCCAGGUGCCUGGACAGAGGCUUGUGGGCAGAAGCUGACGUUUUUCAACUCGACACUCAACACUUCAGGACUGGUGGCUCAGGGAGAAGCUCUACCCAUCCCAGGAGCCCAUCGUCCAGGCCUAGUCACCAAAGCAGGACUCAUCCUCUUUGGGAAUGACGAUAGAAUGCUGCUGGUGAAGAAUAUCCAGCUGGAAGAUGGCAAGAUGAUGCCAGCCUCCCAGUUCUUCAAGGGGUCUGCUAGCAGUGCCCUGGAGCUGACCGAGGAGGAGCUAGCCACAGCAGAGGCCGUGCGGAGCUCUUGGAUGCGAAUUCUGCCCAAUGUCCCAGAGGUAGAAGACUCUACAGAUUUCUUCAAGUCAGGAGCUGCAUCCGUAGAUGUUGUGAGGCUGGUAGAGGAGGUGAAGGAGCUGUGUGACGGGCUGGAGUUAGAAAAUGAGGAUGUUUACAUGGCCACCACCUUNGGGGACUUCAUCCAGCUCCUAGUGAGGAAGCUGAGAGGGGAGGACGGCGAGAGCGAGUGUGUCAUUAACUACGUGGAAAAGGCAGUGAACAAACUGACUCUCCAAAUGCCCUACCAGCUCUUCAUAGGCGGCGAGUUUGUGGAUGCUGAGGGCGCGAAGACCUACAGUACCAUCAACCCAACGGAUGGAAGUGUCAUCUGCCAGGUGUCUCUAGCUCAGGUGAGUGAUGUCGACAAGGCGGUGGCAGCAGGUGCCACCAUCCCCAUNAACCAGGCUAGACCCAACCGCAACCUGACCUUGACCAAGAAGGAACCUGUUGGGGUCUGUGGCAUUGUCAUCCCCUGGAACUAUCCCUUAAUGAUGCUGUCCUGGAAGACAGCAGCCUGCCUGGCUGCUGGGAACACCGUGGUGAUCAAGCCUGCCCAGGUGAGUACACAUUCUCUGGACCAGGCUGUGUCCCAGGAAGGGAAUGGGAAACACAUCAAGAGACAAAGGUCCCUUCGCCCAUACCGCUCACUGAGGAGCUGUGCCUCAAAGGCCAGUGGCUGCCUUUCCCAGACCCCAGAGGUCUCCUUGACUUUCUCACCUAUCCUAACCACAGGCUCGCUGGUUGGCCAGAGACUCUCAGACCACCCUGAUGUGAGGAAAAUAGGGUUCACAGGCUCCACGGAGGUGGGAAAACAUAUCAUGAAAAGCUGUGCCCUGAGUAAUGUGAAGAAGGUCUCCCUGGAGCUGGGUGGAAAGUCACCCCUUAUCAUCUUUGCUGACUGUGACCUCAACAAAGCUGUGCAGAUGGGCAUGAGCUCUGUUUUCUUCAACAAAGGGGAGAACUGCAUUGCAGCAGGCCGGCUCUUUGUGGAGGACUCCAUCCACGACCAGUUUGUGCAGAAAGUGGUGGAGGAAGUGGGGAAGAUGAAAAUCGGCAACCCCCUGGACAGAGAUACCAACCAUGGCCCGCAGAACCAUGAGGCCCACCUGAGGAAGCUGGUGGAGUAUUGCCAACGUGGUGUGAAGGAAGGGGCCACACUGGUCUGUGGUGGGAACCAAGUCCCAAGGCCAGGCUUCUUCUUUCAGCCAACCGUUUUCACAGAGGUGGAGGACCACAUGUACAUCGCUAAGGAGGAGUCCUUCGGGCCCAUCAUGAUCAUCUCUCGGUUUGCUNAUGGGGAUGUGGAUGCAGUGCUGUCUCGGGCCAAUGCUACAGAAUUUGGCCUGGCCUCUGGUGUCUUCACUCGNGAUAUCAACAAGGCCCUGUAUGUCAGUGACAAACUGCAGGCGGGCACUGUGUUUGUCAACACAUACAACAAGACUGACGUGGCUGCACCUUUUGGAGGAUUCAAGCAGUCUGGAUUUGGCAAAGACCUGGGAGAGGCGGCCCUGAAUGAGUACCUGCGGAUCAAGACUGUGACUUUUGAGUACUGAAGCCAAGUCUCUGUGAUACUUCUCCUGUACCCUGUUGGCCUCAGGGAGCACUGACCCUGCCUGGUGACUUAGCACCUUCCUGUCCCCAGCACUGCUCCUUUCAGCUGCUGAAGCUCUUGGCCUGGACCCCUGCUGGUGACAGGACACCCUCUGAACAAUUGGAAGUGGCUCCAAGUGGAGUGAGCAUUCAUGUCCCCCAUGAAUAAAAAUUGUGAGCAGAGGUCAUCUGCA